GUUACAUGGUGGUUUCCCCUCGUGGCUACCUCGUCGCACCCUCUGUGUUUCUACAUGUUCACCACCUCAAGAGGAAGGUUGAGCUGCACGUGUUGUAAUUGUUGCUAUACAAAUAAACUUGUGGGUUGCUGCAGUGGAUCUGUUCCAAGUAAGUCAACCCUGGGUUCCCUUUAACAUUCUGAACCACACCCCACCACAAUGCAAGAGAGAGAGAGAGAGAGAGGGGGGAUGUCCUCCCUCCGUAGAGAUUAGUUUUGUUACUUUGCCUGCACCAGUCAAGCAGGCUGAGUUGGUCCGGGCGAGACCAGAGGCACAGAUCCCAGGCAAAAUACACUUUGAGUCCAUUCCAAAAAAAGAGUGUGUUUGUGAGUGCUAGGCAGUGUUAAAAAAUGACCAAAAGGUAUGCAUCUACUCAAAAAGAUGAAAAAGUCACAGAAAGUGGACAUAAAGUUUCUCAGGACGGGACUCAACCAGAUCCUGGGGGGAAACUGCAGGACGUGGAUGAAGGGAAAGUGGGAUUGGGGAAGAAGGUGACCCUUCUCCGAGGGAUCUCCAUCAUCAUCGGCACCAUCAUCGGAGCCGGGAUUUUCAUCUCUCCAAAGGGCAUCCUGAAGCACUCAGGCAGUAUAGGAAUGUCCCUGAUAGUGUGGAUCGCCUGCGGUGUGCUGUCACUCUUCGGAGCCCUGUCCUACGCUGAACUGGGGACUUGUAUUAAAAAGUCUGGUGGACAUUACACAUAUAUACUAGAAGCCUUUGGACCUCAGAUGGCUUUCAUAAGGCUAUGGGCUGAUCUCAUUGCUAUAAGGCCUGCAGCAAUGGCAGUCAUUUCUCUGGCUUUUGGCCAGUACAUCCUGGAGCCUCUGUUCAUGCCCUGUGUCCCCCCCCCCAUGGCUGUCAAACUGGCCACCGCCAUCAGCAUAACUUCUGUUAUGUACCUGAACAGUAUGAGCGUUACAUGGACAAAUAGGAUUCAAAUCUUCCUCACCUUCAGCAAACUGCUGGUCAUUGUCAUCAUCAUAGUGCCUGGAAUGUACCAGCUCUUUAAAGGAGAGACCAAAAACUUUGAGAAUGCCUUUGACCUGAACAAUGUGAAGCUGUCUGGUAUGCCACUGGCCUUCUACUCGGGGAUGUAUGCAUACGCUGGGUGGUUCUAUCUGAACUUUGUGACAGAGGAGGUUGAUAACCCUGAGCGGACUCUGCCAUUAGCCAUCUGUAUCUCAAUGGGGAUUGUGACUUCCUGCUAUGUGCUGACCAAUGUGGCGUACUACACUGUGAUGUCAGCAGAGGAGCUCCUGGCCUCGGAGGCGGUCGCUGUGACCUUUGCAGAGAAGCUGAUGGGGAACUUCUCGAUAGCGGUGCCGGUGUUUGUGGCCUUGUCCUGCUAUGGCUCCAUGAAUGGCUGCCUCUUUGCCUUAUCAAGAAUGUUCUACGUGGCCUCACGUGAAGGACAUCUCCCUGAGGUUUUGUCUAUGAUCCACGUCCGCAGACACACUCCACUGGCUUCUGUCCUCAUACUGUACCCUAUGACCAUGCUCCAGCUGUUUGUAGGAGACAUCUACAGCCUGUUAAAUUUCAUGAGCUUCCUGCGGUGGCUGUUCAUUGGUGUGGUGGUGCUGGGUUUAAUCUACCUACGAUAUACAAAACCUGACCUCCCCCGCCCCUUUAAGGUCCCGCUCUUCAUCCCAGUGGUGUUCUGCUUCACAUGUUUCUUCAUGGUCUUCCUGUCUCUGUACUCGGACCCGUUCAACACAGGGAUUGGAUUUGCCAUUUCCCUCACUGGCAUCCCAGCCUACUAUAUCUUCAUUUACUUUGACCAGAGACCAAAGUGGCUUCAGAGGGCAUUAGAUUCCUUCAACAGAACCGUGCAGAUCCUCCUGGUUGUCGUCCCCGCUGAGCAGUAACACUUCACAACAACUCCAUCCCCUGCUUGGUCUCUCAGAUCGCUUACAUACUGAGCUGAAGUCAACUCACAGAGGGAAACUGCUGUUGUACUCUCCAAAACUCCUCUGGGACAAAGACUGAAAGUUCUAAAUGUCUCUGCUGAAUGUGAGUUUAUAUAUUGUGUUUUAUUAAAGGAUAG